GGCAGCGGCAGCCGGGGCGGGGCGCGGCCCGGGCGCAGGGCCCCCGCCUGUCCCCGCAGCGGCUGCCGUCUGCCGGAAGCGGGCGCGGUGGGGGUGAGGCGGAAGCGCGGGCUCUCGGCGUUCCCCACCCCGGUUCUCGCUGCGGCGCAGAAAAUGGCGGCGAAAACACAGGGCGGCAUCCGUCUCAGCGCGCUUUGUCCAAAGUUCUUGCAUACCAACUCUACCAGUCACACCUGGCCUUUCAGUGCGAUUGCAGAGCUUAUAGAUAAUGCUUAUGAUCCAGAUGUGAGUGCUAAACAGAUAUGGAUAGACAAAACAAUGAUAAACGACAAUAUAUGCUUAACAUUCACUGAUAAUGGAAAUGGUAUGAACUCGGAGAAGCUACACAAAAUGCUAAGCUUCGGCUUCAGUGAGAAGUCGGUGAUGAAUGGCCGCGUUCCAGUGGGACUGUAUGGAAAUGGGUUUAAGUCGGGGUCCAUGCGCCUGGGAAAAGAUGCAAUAGUUUUCACCAAGAAUGGGGAGACCAUGAGUGUGGGCCUCUUAUCUCAGACCUUCCUUGAAGCCACAAAAGCAGAGCAUGUCAUGGUUCCUAUAGUGACAUUCAACAACCAACGACAGGUCAGUGAUGCAGCAGAAUUCAAAAACAGCCUGAAGGCCAUCUUAACAUAUUCUUUGUUUUCUACUGAGGAAAAAUUACUGGCAGAGCUAGAUGCUAUAAUAGGGAAAAAAGGUACAAGAAUUAUCAUUUGGAAUCUUAGAAGAGAUAAGAAUGAUAAAACGGAAUUUGACUUUGAGAAGGAUAAAUACGACAUCAGAAUUCCAGAAGACUUAGAUGAAACAGGCAAAAGAGGAUAUAAAAAACAAGAGAGGCUGGACCAGGUUGUUCCAGAAAGUGACUACUCACUGCGAGCUUAUUGCAGUAUCUUGUAUCUGAAGCCAACAAUGCAGAUCAUUCUGAGAGGACAAAAAGUGAAAACACAGCUUGUUUCCAAAAGCCUUGCCUUCAUUGAACGCGACAUCUAUAGGCCAAAAUUUUUGAAUGCUAAAACUGUAAGAAUUACUUUUGGAUUUAACUGCAGAAACAAAGAUCAUUAUGGAAUAAUGAUGUACCAUAAAAACAGACUCAUCAAAGCUUACGAAAGAGUUGGCUGUCAGUUAAAGGCAAACAACAUGGGUGUUGGUGUGGUUGGGAUUAUUGAAUGCAACUUCCUCAAACCAACUCAUAACAAACAAGAUUUUGACUACACAAAUGAAUAUAGGCUUACAAUAGCAGCAUUAGGAGAAAAGCUUAAUGAUUACUGGAAUGAAAUGAAAACUAAGAAAAAUGAGGAAUAUCCGUUAGCUUUGCCAGUCGAGGAGAUACAAAAACAGCCUGACCAGACAUGGGUACAGUGUGAUGCAUGUCUGAAAUGGCGGAAGCUGCCCGAUGGAAUAGAGCACUUGCCAGAAAAGUGGUACUGCUCCUUGAACCCUGACCCACAGUUCCGGAAUUGUAAUGUGCCAGAAGAACCAGAAGAUGAUGACCUAAUACAUCCUACAUACGAGAAAACGUACAAGAAAAAAGACAGAGAAAAACUGAAGAAGCGUCUGGAGUACAGCCAUCAGAUAAGUAAUGAAAUGUUUUUAAAAUCACCUGUUUCUUCAAGUAAAGACUUCAAAACGUUCUCAGCUGUGAGUGUAAAGGAAGCUGUUCCAAGAACACUUUUACCAGAAACAUCAAAUACUUCUGUAAAGAGGCCUAUUUUUAUUUUAAAUAGAUCAGUAUCUUCACCUCAUUGUGAUUCUGACAACAGUCUUAAACGGAGGACACUUAGUUGUGUGACGCCUGUGUCUUUAAAAACCCCUCGAUUAAAUGACAGUACAUUCAACAGCCAUCAUGAUGAUGAUGAUGUCAUUAUUUUAGAGGAAAGCAGUACUCCGAAGCCUUCAGCAGAUCCCGAUACUGCCCCCACAGUAAAACCUGAAUGUAUUAAUUUAGAUCAAGAGGAGAAGCAAAAGGAAAACUGUGGUGUCAGAGAAUCUUGCAGUGCAGCUACUCCAGAAUCAAGAAGUGAACAGCUGACCUCAGCAACACAGACAGAGCUCCAAAACGUAGUUGUUAAAAAAGAAGAGGUGGAAGAUGACGCUAACAUUCCCAUUCCCAGGGCAGAGAUGGAAACUGAACAGCACAGUGUUAAUGAUGUUUCUGAGUCAUCUGUAGAUCUUGCAAAUGAACUGAAAAAUCAGCUGCAUUUAGCAAACCAAGAAAAAGAGAGAUACCAAAACAAGUGUGAAGCAUUAACCAAACAAGUAGAAACACUGGAAGAAAGGAUUUUGGAAAUGAAUAACAAAUGUGUAAAAAAAGAAAUGUGCCAUCAGUCAACUGAGACAGUUUCCUUUGAAGAAGAAAAGGUUAAUGAAAAAAGCUUGGCCGAAGUGACCGUUCUCUAUGAACAGGCCUUAGAAGAAAUAGCAAAAUUAAAGGAACAAUGCAGUGCCCUCCAGAACCUAAAAACUGAAUGCAGCAAGUGUGCUGAUGGUGAGAGUAAGAGUGAGGUAGAUGAAAUUGCUGUGCAACUGGAUGAUGUUUUCAGGCAACUGGACAAGUGCAGCAUUGAAAGAGACAGAUACAAAAGCGAGAUCGAACUACUGGAAGUGGAAAAAAACCAACUUGCCUAUCAAUGUGAAGAACUCAAAGUGGAAAUCGCACAGUUAAAAGCUUCAAUUCCGCAAGCGGUAGCACAUGCAAAUGAUUCUACCACCAGUAAUGUAGAAGAAUCUGUAAAUUUUUCUGAUGGAGAAAGCCUGAAACUACGCUCUCUUCGAGUGAAUGUUGGACAGCUUUUGGCUACCAUCAUGCCUGAUCUGGACUUGCAGCAAGUAAAUUACGAUAUUGAUGUAGUAGAUGAAAUUUUAGGGCAAGUUGUGGAACAAAUGCAUGAAAUCAGUAGUACUUAAUAUCUUAAGAUUUUAGCGGAUUCUUACUUGAUCUUCCACUAUAACCUUUGUGUAGGUUCAAAACUGUAUAUACUGCUUCUUCACUUUAUAUAUUUGACAUAGUUUGAUCUAUAAGUGUAUAUACACUACACGUUUAGAUGUUCCCACAGAUGCAGUGGGUGUUAUUGUCACUUUGUCUUAAAAGAGCACUGUCAAUAUUGAACAACACUGAUGUACUUAAUUAAGGAUUUUGCUUUUAAAACGCAUUUGUAAUUAAAUUUGCAAAUAUUUUUAUUAUUAGGAAUCUUAAUACUUUUCUACAAAAGCUUUUUCGUUGACUUUUGCUCUUAUAUAACCAUUAAUACUUGUAAUUAUUUCCUCUUCUACAAUCUAAAUGGAAUAUAUAAAAUGCAAAAAAGAACCUUCCUUGAUUUCCUUCUCAAAACAAACUAGUGGUGUUCUUGUAUACUACAGUAUUGUUUCAUUACUAUCAGCAAUGUUGUAUGUUGCAUUAAUGGGAUAGAAGUGUAACUAGUUGAUGAAAACUUUGGCCACAUGGGUAAUAUUUGUGUUCUACUAGCAAAAUAAGAAAAAUUCUUUAAGGAUUUUGUCUUGACAGCUUAGGAUCUUUGACUCCCUUCUGAUAUUUUUUUUUACAUUGCUGAAGAACAUUAUCUGUACAAUAGUUUUGCAGCAUAAGCAACGCUAAGGGAUACGGCUAGGAUAUUUCAGCCUUUUCAGUGAUGGAAACCAUAUGCUUGUUUGUGUUCUUGCUUAUUUGAUUGUUGUUUCCUACAUGCAAAAACCUGUUUGUAUUUGAGCACCAGAAAGAUCUUGAGUUCUACCCUAUUUGAACACAGUGGUGCUGGUCCAGUGCCAGUACACAGCUUCAGUAAUCAUACAGCUCUUGCCUGCUCUUCUCCAAGCUGAUGGAAUGGGAAGCAGUGUUGUGAACCAUUAGAGAGAACAAACUGGGAUGGCAUAUCAAAGCUAGGUAGGAUUCCUGGGCAACCUCUGCUCUGCAUCAAGUACCACUUCCUUGAGACUUGAAGGCUUUUACCCAGGAAAGCCCAGUGCUAAACAGGAUUGACACAGAGGUUCUGUGAAGUAUACAAACUUUUGUAUGUAUCAUCUCAAAACAAAUCAGUGCAGUGUUAAACUUCGAGUUCUGCCUUGAAAUACUUCAGGCUGAGAUGUAAAGGAGCAGAGAUUGAUCUCUGAAACUUACCUUUGUAUCAGAAUGAACCACGCUGAGUACAAAUGAGUCAGACUAAUAAAUCCUUGGUUAACUAGUUGACUAGAAGUAUUUGAAAAGGAGGUGUUUCUGUAUCUGUGGUAUUAACUACGACAGGGUGAACUGAAGCUGAAAAUGUUCAAAUCUAACUUGUUUAUGCUAUCUUAGAGUUUAGACAACUUUUAUUAUAGGUAAGAUAGGGGAGUCACUUUCCCCCUCCUUUUUUUUUUUUUAUUCUUUUUUAAAAUGUUUUAUAGUGACUCUUAAGCCACUAGUUCUGUGCCGUAACACUCAUGCAAAAACUUCCUGGAAGAAAUGAAACAUAGAAACGUAGCUGUUAGAAUGGUGACAGUAUUGUUAGCCAUCUGCAUGUUUUCCUUUCAAAGUCAACGGGAAUGAGAGGAGAGGUGGCAAAUGCAGUACAUCUGCCUUUUACUCUGUGGUGGUAUGUGUCAUGAUCAAGAAAAAUGAUGCUUGCUUUAAAAAAACAUAUAUAAAAAAAUAAAAUCAUGAAAUGGUGUUCAAUAUGUUCAUACCUAGGAAGUAUCUCUUUUUUUUUCCUCAUAAACCAAACAUUUUUUGGCUUUUGCACUGCUGCAGUCCUGAUUUAAUUAGGUUACGCUCCUUUUUCUUGUAGUUCAGUCAGAUUUGUUUGAUGGACAGUAUUUCAAUUUCGAGAUGCUAUACAUUCUGAUAUGCCAAUAAAGGUAAUGCAAUACUGUUGUACUUCAGAAUGGAUAAAUUGAAUGUUUGAUUUUUGAAAAGGUGGCUGUAUUAUAACCGUAUGACUUGUUAAAAGUUUCUGGUUUCCAUUUAUUGGUGUGUAGUUUUUGAUUCCUUAAUCAUUAUUUAUUAUGUUUCAUCAGACUCUAGCUGAAUUUCUUAUAGACUGGGGAAACAAAGCUCAUGUCUAUAUUAAACAUGGCCACUUUACCCUGUACAUUUACACUUUGGAGAGCAGUUGACUAAUGGAAAUGGGUUUUAUUUACUUGUUAAAAUGUAUUUUUUGUAAAAAAUAUGGAAAAAAAAUAUAAAUCUGAGUUUGCUGGAUCAAAACUUGUAUGUGAUCAAAUGCAAUGUUUUGUUUAUAAAUAAAUACUAUGCAGAAUGGUUACGA